ACAGUGCCAGCUCUGGCCCAGGCUUCAGCUAUGCCUCUUCUGGAAGAGACCACUCUCCCACAAGGGCACCCACCUAUUGUUCCUGUCAUCAUAAUAGGAAAUGGACCAUCGGGUAUUUGUCUGUCAUACCUGCUAAGUGGUAACAAGCCCUACCUUGACCCAACAACAGUCCACCCAAACCCAAUUCUAUACAGAAAACUGCAGGAUACCAAACACCUAGCCAUCACUGAACAGGAUCUUGAAUAUUUGAGUGAAGGUCUUGAGGGCCGAUCGAGUAACCCCGUUGCUGUGUUGUUUGACGCACUGUUGCACCCAAACGCUGACUUUGGCUAUGAGUACCCUCCUGUGCUUCAGUGGAGGAGGGAAAAGCAGCAACACAUCCCACAUCUCGUCUUGGGGAGAGCAACGCCUGGAGGAGCCUGGCAUGCAAUGGAAGGCUCCAUGCUGACAAUAAGUCUCGGGAUAUGGAUGGAGCUUCCUGGAGUCAACUACAGAGACUUACUCAGCGGAAAACAAAGGGAUAUCACCAGUGACAGGGCUACCCCUGAGGAGAUAUCAUCAUACUACAGCAACUAUGUGAAGCUAAAAGGUCUGCAAAAGAAUUUUGUUGACAACACCUACGUGACCUCAGUUCAAAGACUCUGCCGAGGCCACAAGAUAGAGAAGCUUAAAAAAGUGGAAACUUGUAAUGGAGAUGAACAGUCGGAUGAUGGCAGAAAUGAGAGCUAUGAGGGAAAUGGAAUAGAAUGCAUCAGUGAUGAAGGACUAGGGUCUCUAUGGGAGGUUAGGGGAUACCAACAAGUGCAGAACAACACUCACGUACCCUUUUCUCUGUUUGCGGAGAAUGUGGUUCUUGCCACUGGAGCAUCUGACUCACCAGUAAGAUUAACUGUGGAGGGAGAGGACCUACCAUUUGUGUUCCACAGCGUCUCCGACCUGGGCUUAGCUAUAAAACUGCAGAAGUUGGAUAAAAACUCAGAUCCAAUAUUAGUAGUCGGUGCUGGGUUGAGUGCUGCAGAUGCAGUUCUGUGUGCCUGCAGCCGCAACAUCAGGGUGCUGCAUGUAUUUCGAAAGACCGUUGAUGACACUGACCUCAUCUUCAAACAGUUGCCAAAGACCUUGUACCCAGAAUACCACAAAGUCUAUAACAUGAUGUGCUCUCAGACUUACACAAACUUGGUUCCCUCAUGUUCUUCAAGCAGGGAUCAGUCAGUGAGCAUUACUUCUUCAGUUUGUGCAAAGAUGUGCCCCAAGCCACAGUUGGCCGCAGUUAACAUGGCCAGUAAUUCUAGCGUAGGUCUCUUUCCUGACUACACAAGUUUCCCAGAACACUGCGUGGUGUCCUUACAGUCAGAUAUGAAGUGCUUGCUGCAGGGGAAAAAUUCCCUGAAAGCAUUUAAAAUCUCUGUGGCCUUGGUGCUGAUUGGAACGAACCCCAAUUUGUUUUUCUUGAAGGACCAAGGUCAGUAUCUGGGCCAAGAUCCCACAAAGCCCAUAUCCUGUAAGAACCCUAUUGACAUCCACCCAUACACCUUUGAGUGUACCAAGGAACCUGGACUAUUUGCCAUGGGGCCACUGGUAGGAGACAACUUCGUUCGCUUUUUGCAGGGUGGUGCUUUAGGCAUCGCCUCCUGCCUUUUGAAGAGACUCAAGAAGAAAGGGAAGCUCAUAAACAAUGUAGGGAAUAGCUUCAUUUGA